UGGUAGCUCCCAAACGACCUAUAUAAAAACCCUCUCUACUGUUCUGUCUUUUCUUUCACGCCACUCUCUCCAAUCUCUAUAGCUAAUCUAUCGCUCGCCUCUCCUCCCCCUUGCGCUGAUCGUCCUCUCCGCCGUCGAAAAGUCCUCUCUCUCCGGCAGGCUUUACGUUCCACACCAGAUGUCUGUUGAUCUCUGCAAGAAGAACCCAUCUUUUCUUUGGUGUGACUGUGGUUAUAUGAGCAGGGGUAGGUUGUGGUGCUUCCAGAUAAUCUUGUUCAGGCACUGGACUUAGCUACCGUUCUCUCUCACCUCCUUCUUUUUUCUCUCUCUUCUCUCUCUCUCUUCCUAGCUUCUCUGCAAUUUUCUGUUUGAUUUGAGUACAAAGUAUUCGCUUUUGCUGCUUCUGUUACUGUGAACUUGAAGAAAUAGUCUUUUUUUUUUUUUUUUACUUCCGCUGCUUCAAAACUCCAAACUUGCUUGUGAGGAGGAGUUUCUUAGCCGAGUGCAAGUUUUCCCCCUUUGGAUUAGCCAAAUGGGGAAAACUGAACUGGCUCCUGGUUUUCGGUUUCAUCCGACUGAUGUUGAACUCGUGAGAUAUUACUUGAAGAGGAAAGUCUUGGGGAAGAAGCUCCUCGUUGAUGCUAUUGCUGAACUUGACAUUUACAAGUUCGAACCCUCUGACUUACCAGAUAAGUCCUAUAUAAAGAGUGGGGAUCUUAAGUGGCACUUCUUCUGCCCGAGGGAAAAGAAAUAUGCAACCGGUGUUAGGGCUAACCGUGCAACUGAGUUUGGUUUCUGGAAGACCACAGGGAAGGAACGAACCGUUCUGUGCAACGGUGAAGUCGUCGGAAAGAUUAAGACUCUGGUUUACCACGUUGGUAAAUCUCCUCGUGGGGAGCGGACUGAUUGGGUUAUGCAUGAAUACAGGCUUGAAGACAACGUGCUGACACAGAAGAACAUUCCUCAGGAUACUUAUGUGCUGUGUGUUCUGUUCAAGAAAGAUGGUCCGGGACCUAGAAAUGGAGCUCAAUAUGGAGCUCCUUUCAAGGAAGAGGACUGGAGCGAUGAGGAACAUCGUACUGAUAUUCCCAAUACUAGCAAUGCCGCAAUCUUCCUUCAUGGGCAUAACGCAGAAACCAGUCCGGCUGUGGCGCCUUCGCAUGACUCUAAUAAGGCUUGUGUUGGUGGCAUGAUAUCUGAAUCAUGCGUCUCUGACUUCCCGCCAGCUACAGCUACAGCUACUAACAGCGUGACUGCAGCACAUCUGACUGAUGCAGCCAACACUCCUGUGUCUGCACCACUUCUUGAUCCUAAUAGCAGCGCCUCUAUGGCGCAAACCCUUCAGGCUCCCAACGACGAUGAUGACAUAUAUGCAAUGUUGGAUCUAUUUGUUGAGGAGGACGACUACCUGCGUUUCUGUCAAACCAACAACAACGAGGCAAGACAUGAAGCCAAUGUCUCAGCUCCAAUUAGCUUAGGAGAAGAAGUGAUAUUCGACGACCUACCCGACUUUAGCAGUAUGCAUAACAACAGCAUUCCAAGGACACCCUCUUACGACCUGAUUGAAAACUCGGAGCUAUACUUGGAGCUCCAGGAUCUCACUACUCCAUUAGCACCACCCCAUAUCUGGAAUGUCAGCGACUCUUACCUGACAGCUCCACUAGCACCAACCCAACUAGGGAAUGUCAGCGACUCUCACCUGACAGCUCCAUUCGCACCACCUCAAGUAGGGAAUGGCAGUGACCCUUUUCUGAGCCAUCAAGGCCACUUUGAUUUCUCCGCUGCUGCUAAUGAUGAUGCAUAUGGCUUUCCUUAGUCCUUGGGACAGACCAGACACAUGAAAAAGAGGUUUUAAUUUCCAACCAGGAAUCCUCUUCUCUGCCCAGUUCUGUCUUUCUCCAUGUCUUCACAAUUCUUUGGAAGCAUUUCGAACAGAUUAUAAAACCAUGAGAUAAUGAGCGACCUUGUAUAUUUACAUUUCUGAAACUCUCUUAAUGUCGCAAAUCUCCCUUCUCAGCAUUCUCUUAGACUUUGGAUUCUCAUAUUUCUAAGUGUAUGACAUUGGAUUUCAAGUUUUUCCUUCAACUUGUUUUGUUUUUUCUUA